UCAACUCAUUUCUAAUAGAGUCCUCUCCUUUAAUAUUUUCUCCUAUUCCCCAAACUUCAUUUCACUCACUCUUUCAAGAAUUAAAUUUAAUUUUCUCCCAUACUUUUUCUGUUUCUGAUCAGCUAUAGCAAACUGCUAAAAGGGUUAUAUUUCUGAAUUAAUAUAAAGUUGAUCAAGAAAAUCAAGAAUGGAGAUGGAUUCAUGUGUACCUCCAGGUUUUAGAUUUCAUCCAACAGAAGAAGAACUUGUUGGAUAUUAUCUCAAGAGAAAGAUUAAUUCCCUCAAGAUUGAUCUUGAUGUCAUCACUGAUAUUGAUCUUUAUAGAAUUGAGCCAUGGGACAUCCAAGAUAGAUGUAAACUUGGAUAUGAAGAACAAAAUGAGUGGUAUUUUUUCAGCCACAAGGAUAGGAAAUAUCCAACAGGAACAAGAACAAAUAGAGCCACAACAGCUGGAUUUUGGAAGGCAACAGGAAGAGACAAAGCUGUUUUAUCAAAAGAGAAAAUAAUAGGGAUGAGGAAAACCUUAGUUUUCUAUAAAGGAAGAGCUCCUAAUGGAAGAAAAUCUGAUUGGAUAAUGCAUGAAUACAGGCUCCAAUCCUCUGAACAUGCUCCUCCUCAGGAAGAAGGAUGGGUGGUAUGCAGGGCAUUCAAGAAGCCAAGUCCAAACAAGCAACCAAAUUUGGAUGCAUGGCAAAAUGCUUAUUAUAUUAGAGGAGCAAACACCACGAAUUAUAGACCUAAUUCAUCAUUAUCAGAAAUCACAACUAUUCCAAUGCAACAUCAUCAACCUCUCAAUAAUAUUAAUGCAUUCAACCAAACAACAAAUUUCCCUCAAUUCACAUUUAAUCCAUCUCAUGAUCAUCAUGAUUAUCAAAAUAUGAUCAUUAAUAAUUCAUCAACCCAAAAUUUCUUUGAGAAUCAAGUACUAGUUCAUGACCUCCCACAACUUGAUAGCCCUACCAUUUCAACAAGUUUUUGUACGAGAGAUAAUAUAAGCCUUGGUGAACAGAGUUACACAGUCAAUUACAACAAUGAAGAUGAUCGUGGCGAUGAAGAGAAGCAUAAUAAUGGGAUUAAUAAUAACCAAUUUUAUGGUGAUUGGAAGAACUUUGACACAUUGAUUGAGCCACCUUCUCAUAUAAGCCAUUUGCUUGAGUGCUUCCCAGAUUUAUAGUUUCCAAGAAGAAGAAAGUAUAUAUUAUGAAAAUCUUAUGAUGAAUAUUAGAUUUUUUUUUUUUGGUUUCUAGUAAAGAAUUUCAAGGAAAAAAAUGUGGAAGGAAAAAGGCUGCUGCAAGGCAUAUGUGGCCUUAUUAUUAGAAUUCAAUUGUUCAUCUUUCAUUUAACUUGUUUUAUGAUGUUAACUGUGAAUUGAUGUUAUUAUGUAU